AUGACAAUCAGUCUGACUGUGGGGGGCGUUCAACGCCACUUGCAGCGGCCCAAGGAGGAGCUCCUCGAGAAACCCCUGGCCAGACUCCUCGCAAACCUCUCCGCCCCAGGGAAAGGCAAGAAACAUAAGGGCCGGAGCCAGCAGGCCACAGACCUCUCCUCGGCCCAGCCAGCCUCUGCCUCGGUGGCGGUCCUGGCAGGGCUGACGCAGCCGAGCCUGGAUGCAUCCUCUGUCACCAACGAGGCGGCCUGGGUGACGGGGCACGUUCUGCAGCUCGGGGAGGCGAGGCUGCCCAUCCUGCGGAACCCGCCCCUCAUUGCCAAGCUGGACGUGUAUGGGGACGCCUUUGUAGGUAUCCCGCUCGUCCCCGUGCCCCAGCUGCUGUUUGCGGACGAGGACGCCUGCUCCUGGGAGUGGGAGGUGCAGCGUCCGCCUGCCUCCGUCUGGACCAGGGUGGGCGGCGACCCGGCUUGCUCUGCCGGGCGCGGAGUGCAGCGGACCUACAUCCCCACCCCAGAGGAUGUGGGCGCCCUGGUCAGGGUCUGCAUCCCCCCCGCCAGGCUGGAGGCGACGGUGCCCCCACGGCUGAGGGUUGUGUCCUACAACAUCCUGGCCGACCAGUAUGCGGCCACCGAGCGAGCCAAGUCGGUGCUCUUCGGCCACUGCCCAGAAAAGUACCUGAGGCCAACGCACCGCCGGCCCCUCAUCCUGGGCCAGCUCCUGGAGUUCCAGGCCGAUAUCCUGUGCCUCCAGGAGGUGGAUGAGUCGGCCUUCCGCGGCCUGCUGGAGCCUGGCCUGCGGGAUGCGGGGUACAACGGCGUCUACACCAACAAGCUGGGCAAGGUGGCGGAGGGGGAGGCCGCUUUCUUUCGCUCCGACCGCUACGAGCUGGCCGCGCGCCGCGACGUGGACUUUCGGGCGGCCUUUCUUGCCAGGCGUGAGGCAGACGGGCCCGAAGACGCUGCGGGGUCCAUGGCCGCACGAUCCCCUCUCUCCGAGCGAUACGGCCCCGCCCUGGCGGCCUUCCUAGAGGCGCACCCCUCGCUGAGGGAGGCGCUGCAGCGCGUGGGGACGGUGGCCCAGCUGCUGCUGCUGCGCCCGCGGGAUCCCCGCCACGCGCCGCUGUGCCUCGUCAACACACACCUCUUCUUCCACAACGAUGCGCCUCACAUUCGAACCCUGCACACCUGGGCCGCCGUCAAGGAGGCGUGUGCCUUCCUGCAAGAAUCAGCCAACCUGGUGAAGGACUGCGAGCUGGAGCCCACCCUGCUCUUCUGCGGCGACAUGAACAGCGACCUGAACGACGGCAUCCCAGGUGCCCUGCAGCUGCUGGAGACUGGGCAGCUGGGCGCAGACUACUGGGACUGGGAGGCGGGGGUGGACUUUGACUGGCAUCGGACGGGGAAGAACAAGGGGAAUUCCGGCGACGAGAUCGGCGAGGAGGACGAAGGCGAGCCGAAGGGGGGUCCUGCUCCCUUACCAGAGGCAGCCGUGGUCCGGCCUGACCCUGCCGCUUGUGGCCUGGACUUGAGCCUCGCCUGGCCAAGGCCGUUGAGGCCAGCGGGCGACCUGCAGGCGCCCUUCAGCAACUACGUCUCCGGCUACCAGGGCCUCUUGGACUAUGUGUUCUUCUCGGGCGAGGCGACCAACCGCAAGUACCCCGCCACGAUGCACGGCGCCCUCAUCUCCGGCUUCGCCUGCGCCGCCAACGUCCACGCCUGCGCUCAGCGCCUAGCCCUGGGCCUAGCCACCUGCUCGCCGCCUCUGAAGGAGGAGGAGGCCGUCGGGAAGCCCGCCCCGCCUCACUCGGUGCCCGUGCCGUAUGACCCUGCCGCGCUGGAGUGCGUCGAUGUCAUGCCGACGCCCAGCGCCGCCGAGCUGGGCUCCUUCCUGCCCUCCCGCAGCCUGCCCUCCGACCACCUCCCUGUGGUCUUUGACCUCUCCUUCCUGCCCUCUCGCGCGAGGGCGAGCGGCUCUCAAGGACCGAGGGUCGACGGCGGAGCGUCGCCCGAGUCGCCGCGCUGCGUCAGCACCCAAGGACCGCCCCCCACCUCGGCCGGCGGCGUGCGCCCCGCCGCCCUGCACGCUGUGCGCGCUGCGGCCGCUGCGCUGGCCGGCGGCGGCGUCGUGGCGCUGCCCACUGACACGCUCUACGGCCUGGCCGCCAGCGCGCGCGACGAGGGCGGCGUGGCCCGCCUCUACGCCGUCAAGGGCCGGCGGCACGCCAAGCCCGUGGCGAUCGCGCUGGCCGACACGCGGGCGCUGCCGCGCUACGUGACCGCCGCCCACCUGCCGCCCGGCCUGGUGGGGGCCCUGCUCCCCGGACCUGUCACCCUGCUGCUGGAAAGGAGGGCCGACGCGCCGCUGGCGCCGGGGCUCAACCGCGGGACGGCGAGCCUGGGCGUGCGAAUCCCGGACUCGGCCUUCGUGCGGGCGGUCGCCCGACAGCUGGGCGGCGCGCUGGCCCUCACCUCGGCCAACGCCUCGGGGCAGACCAGCAGCGUGGCGGUGACCGAGUUUCAGCAACUCUGGCCGCAGUGCGAGGCGGUGUAUGAUGACGGGGUGCUGGGCACCGAUCGGACCGGGUCGACGGUGGUGGACCUGACGCGGCCAGGGACCUUUUCCAUCAUCCGGCGGGGGGCGGGGGUGGAGGCGGUGUGCGACACCCUGCGCGCUUUCCAGCUAGUGGAGGGAGUGGCUGACGAGUGA